GUCGACCGCUAUGUUGAACACUUUGUUUAUCUGCAAAUAUCAUAGUGCACUAUUACUCCAGUAUCGAGCCCAGCAAGGUGCAAGAGUCUCUAGAAGAUUUGCUCGAGGUGUUGGCUUCCUCGCCACUCCAUACCUGGCGGGGCCAUUUCCUUCUCUGCCUUAUACUGAAGCUUACUAGUUGCUUUUGGGUUACCUACGAAAAUGGGGUCUCUCGGCGGGGCAGAGCCCGCAGCAAGAUGGUUUGUUGCUUCGAUAGCCAGCUGCCAAAUGGCUUCUGAUGGCCUUCGUCGCCAAAGCCAUGCGUUUGCAAGCUGCAGCUCGGCGAAGGCAGCGCAUUUCGUGGAGACAAAGCGGUCUUUGCCACUUGCCUGGAUAGCCAGCAAACAAGCCGCGCCGGGGAGUAUGCUGGCCGCGGAUGCAACGUUUGUGGUGGCAGCUAGGAGGAACCAGCACCUACCGCGGCAGAUCCAGUCGUUUCUCCAUCACCUUCCCUCGGCGCCUGGGGAGGCAGUGUCGGUGCUGCUGUGGGCCCCCGGGGGGUUGCUGUUCCGGGCGCACCAGGCCAUCAAGGCCCAAAUCGAGCGCAGCAGCCACUGGCGCCCCUUCCGGCGGCUACGAAACGCUGCAGCGGGCGUGGGGCAAGAUGAUGCCAACCGCGUGGGGUCGUGCGGGCCGCGUGCGGCGCGGGUGGCGGCACGCUGGGCUGAGCAGGGCAUGCUAGCGGAGCGGCAGCUGCUGCUGGAGGACGCAAUCAGCUACUACGAGAAGGCGGCGGCCGCGGAGCCGGGCGUUGCGGAGUACUGGGCGCGCAUGAGCAAGGCCUGCAGCGACAGCAGCUACGUGGCGGGCACGCCGCCCGACAAGGCGGUGGCGCUGCAGCGGCGCGCCAUCGAGCUGGGGCUCAAGGCCGUGGAGGCCGACCCCAGCAGCGGCUUUGGCUGGGUGGCGUGCUGCGUGUCGCGCGGCCGCCUGGCGCUGUUUGUGGACAACCGCACCAAGGUGGCCCUGGCGCGUCAGGCCCAGGACGACGUGCGGAAGGCUCUGCACCUGGAGCCGCACAACGACGUGGCGCACCACCUGCUGGGCCGCUGGAACUACGAGAUGGCGAGCGUGAACGCGGUGGUGCGCACCAUCAUCCACAUGCUGUACGGGCAGGCGCUGAUGGCGGGCAGCUACAAGGAGGCCGCCAAUUGCUACCAGCGCGCCGUGGCGCUGCGGCCCGACUACCUCAUCCACCGUGUGGAGCUGGGCCGCACCUACGUCAAGCUGGGCCAGCCGCAGGAGGCGGCGAAGGAGCUGGAGACGGCGCUGGAGCUGGACGUGCCGGACAUCAACGCCCUGCUGCAGAAGGCGGAUGCUGUCGCGCUGCUGGCAAAGCUCAAGAGCAGCAAAUAAUCAGCGACGAAGGCGGAAGCAUAACGCACUUGCAUGGGUAUGUACUCUGACUUGGCGCGCGCCUCAGACUGGUCUCAUUGAGCCGCUGUCCGUUGCAUUAGCAGCAGCGGCUUGUGGGCAGUGGGCAGGCGUACAGCAUGUGUACCAGCGGCUGGAAGAUUAUGAGCUUCACAGGGCCCGGGCUGGAAUGUGAACACAGUGCGGGUAUGGUGGAUGGGCCGUGUGCGUUCAGCGUGGGGUAACAUUAUAAGUUGGCAGUUUCAUUGCGAAGAAGAUGCAAGCGCAUGGAUGGAAAGCUGCAUACGAAUAACGCGGUGAGGACGAUUGCGUCUUUGCUUGGGGUUGGGAGCGGGGCAUGCCCUGCGCGCCCCGCUGACGGCGUUGGUAUCGAGAGCUGCGCGUUUACGCAUGCCUUUGGGUGAAGGCAUUAUUAUGGAGAAGAGGAUGCGGCUAUCGUUUGUCUAGCACUGUCGGACAAUUUAUAAAUGCUGUGAUGGUCCAAACAGCUUGGGACUCGCCCUACGCUUGGCAGGAGGUGGCUUGCGACCGCCCCUGAUGCUGCGGCUUCUUGACGCCGCGGCGGGGGUUAGGGGUGUGAUUACCAUGACUCAUGGGUUGGUUGACAUGCUCAUUCCAGGGAUGGCGCGUGAUGAGUUGAGGAAGGACGCGCUAUGUGCUAUGAUGUGAGGAACGGAUUCGCUGGCAUCGUUGUCGACUAGCCGUUUGGGCAUGUUCGAGUCGAGCGAGGCCCCAUACAGGAACUUGCCGCACCCGGCGGCAGGCAUGUGAGGGCCCUUAGGCAGCGGCGGCAGGACCGAGUGAUGUACAGUAAUUGUAGUCUAUUCAGGGUCUAUUGUUUCUGCUCGGACGAGGAUUGCAAUGAGACGCGCCGUACGCAAGCGGUGGGCUCGGGCGCGCUGGGGGCAGACGACUAGAACUGUUGUUGCAAGGUGGCGCGUCACUCGCUUUCUUAGCGCGAGCUUCGCACACGCCAAAUGUUACCGCAAACUCCCUG